UCGAAACGAAAGAAAGCCUCAUUUUCGGUACGAUGUAAUUUAUUUGCCAUGAAAAUACAAAUACACAUUGCACAUCACGACUCGUAUGUGUAAUCACAUUGACCAUCAGAAUUCAAAUUUGAAACGAGAAAUUACGUCGUUUGAUGGAUUUUGUGUGUGUGUGUGUGUGUAUGUGUGUGUAUGUGUCUGUGUGUGUACGGGUAUGGGUAUGUAUGUCUGUUCGGUGCACAAAUACGAUUCCCUCGAAAUAAUGGUUCGUCGUUCAAAUGCAUGACGCGAACAAAACCGUAUUUAUUACGAUGAAACUGUAAGUGAACUCUGUUUGAUUCCGAAUGCAUGUAUUGGUUUGAACGAUAGAGUUGCUCAUGUAUGAGUUUUCCGAAAAAUGAAGAAAAAAACAUAUAUUCAAACAAGAAUUUGCUGUGAUGACCGAAUUUGCUGUGAUGAACAAAGUCACAUUCAAUAUAAUGUUGCACAGUUUCGUAUUCGAUCAAGUACGAAUAAUAUGGAAGUGUGUGUAAUAUUGUUGCCUGCGUGUGAUUGUCAGUAUAGCUCUCUCUCGUUCAUACAUAAUGGCAAAAAGGUAGCACGAUAUCUUGUUGGUCCCAAAAUACCAUAACAAAUACACAUUCGUUUCGUGUAUAAUAUACGCACACACACAGAGAGAGAGCAUGGCUUUCCGUCACUUUCGCACGGUCAAACAGUUUCUAUGCGCGUAAGCGAAACGGAGCACAUGCUAUUUAAAUAGACAAUCGUUCGACUCGCAAUCACUGGCAAUGCUUUUGACGUGGCUUUUACGUCGUUUAGUACAGUAGACUAUAUGAGUUGCGAGUGAGAGCGAUCACAGCAGCGACUGCGACAGCAACAGCACCGAAUCGUGUGUGACGAAUACGUGAUAUAUACGUAAGUAAGUGAAGUCGAAUCAAUGAAUACGGAGUAAAUCUUUUAGAAAAACGUGUCUAUGAGAGAAAAACAUUAGGUCGAAUAUAAAUACUUAAAAAACGGUGAAAAUAUACAACAUUUGUAAUAAAAAAGGUGAAAAGAAGUGUUGUGUAAGACACUAAUCAGAUUGGUGUAAAGAUAAGAAAGAGAGUGCGUGUGUGUGAGUUGGCAACUGAGUUGCUAUGGAAAGCAACAUGGUCGAAGAGAAUGGUAAUUCGAGUCUCGACCAAUUGGGCGGUGAAUCAGCAGCGGCACACAAUAACACCGACGACAAUUCAACACAUCAAGCACAACAAUCACAGUUAUCCUCAUCGUUGCAUCACCAGCAACACCAACACCAACAUCAACAACGGCAACAGGACGCUUCACCGUCAGGCGCUGUAUUGGCAACGUCAGCAAACAUUGUCCAAUUUAUUCCAACCCAAAGCGUACAGGCUCAAUCUGUAAUACAGGCCAAUCAAUCAUCGGUCAUACAAACAGCAGCCAAUCUACAGCCGCUACUGGGGAAAAGUGUUUUGUAUGUGAAUAAAGGAAACUCAGUUAUACACACGGCACCCGGCAUUCAAGUUCAGAUCAAACCGGAACCAAAUUCUCUAUCGCAUCAAGUGCAUGCCGCAGAUACGAACAGUGAUAAUGACAGUGUGAGCGACGAUGAUUCACUGAAACGACGGAGGGAUUUAUUGACACGACGACCAUCCUACCAUAGAAUUCUUAAAGACAUUACUGGCCCCGAUAUUGCUGUACUUCCAACAUCAGCGCUCCAAAUCGCAAGUGUACAAGGUGCCGACGGUUUACAUGCGAUACAAACAAGUGGCAGCGGCGGAACAAUCGUGCAAUAUGCGGCACAAAAUCCGGAUGGACAAUUUUUCGUACCUGCUGAAGACCAAUCACGAAAACGUGAGAUUCGAUUGCAAAAGAAUCGAGAAGCAGCUCGUGAGUGUCGCCGCAAAAAGAAGGAGUACAUUAAGUGCCUCGAAAAUCGUGUUGCCGUAUUAGAGAAUCAAAAUAAAGCGUUAAUCGAAGAGCUAAAGUCACUAAAAGAGCUCUAUUGUCAGCAGAAAAGCGAUUGAGAUACCGAAUAGCAUCCGCAUUAAUGCAUCCAUACCCGAAAAGUACUGCUAGCAAAAAAAGCAAAAAUCGAGAAAAAAACGAAGAAGAAAAAAUUGAGAUAGGCGCGAUGAGUUCAGGCAGUGUGCAUAUUUUUUUAUGUAGUUUCUUUUUAUUUUGUUACCUGUAAACCAAUCGACAUCUUCAAGUGUAUAAAACUGAGAACAUAGAGUACUAGUUAAAAAAAGUCAAGUGCAUGCCAUCACACAUUUAUUAGGAAACACAUAAAAACCCUUAAAGUCUGUGACUGACGGGCCAUGUGUUGUUCUCUCUCUAUCUCUUUGUUUUUCUUUUCUUUUUUCUUGUCAGUUUAGAUAACUUUUGUAAAAUCUAUUUAGAAAAAAGAAACAAAGAGAAAAAGACAAUUGUACAUUUACUAUACGUUUUCCAUCCACCCCUUUUUAAGAAAACACAGUUCCAAUUUUAAUUCUACAAUUGAAAUGUUUUGCUAGAGCAAAAGUUCUGCUAUCGACCGACUUGCAUUUCUUACUUUUUAUUUUUGUUUUAACUAUCCUUUUCUUCUUUUUUAGUUAUUUUAUAAAUAUUAUUAAUAGUAUAUUUGAGAGAAAAAUCAUAUGUUUCUUUGGUAAUUAUAAGAAGAAGAAAAACACAAUUAUAAAUUUAUGUAUAAAGAGAUAUAUUUAAAAGAAAAACAUACACUUGAAAGAAAAAAAAAUCUUUGAAAAAAC